AGAAGUAUAGAUAAUACUAUAACUAAUAAUUUCUCUAUAUGACCAAAAUGUUGGAUAUUAGCCUAUACCAUAUCUUUGUUUUAUGUAUUAUAGCAGUUGCAGGCAUUUGCUAUGCUACUGAAUAUAGCAGGAAUGACUUUCCGGUCAACUUUAUUUUUGGUUCAGGCACCACUUCUUACCAGGUGGAAGGAGCAGCAAAUGAGGAUGGUAGAACAGCUAGCAUUUGGGAUACCUUCGCUCACGCUGGGUAUUCACAUGAGGACACUGGAGAUAUAGCAUGCGAUCAGUACGACAAGUACAAGGAAGAUGUAAAACUCAUGGCGGACAUGGGCCUUGAUGCCUAUAGAUUUUCUAUAUCGUGGUCAAGACUCAUCCCAAAUGGGAGAGGACCUGUGAAUCCAAAGGGCUUAGAAUACUACAACAAUCUCAUCAAUGAACUACUUAAGCAUGGAAUCCAACCACAUGUUACAUUAGUCAACUAUGAUCAUCCCCAGGCACUUGAAGAUGAGUACGGCGGAUGGGUUAGUCGAAAGAUGGUAGAGGACUUCAUUCAGUAUGCAGAUGUGUGCUUUAAAGAGUUUGGAGACAGGGUUCAGUACUGGACUCCAGUGAAUGAGCCCAAUAUAUUUGGAAGGGGAUAUGACGAAGGAAUUGUGCCACCUCAACGAUGUUCUCCACCGUUUGGUGUCACCAACUGCACAAGGGGAAAUUCCUCAACAGAACCCUACUUGGUAGUUCAUCAUAUUUUGUUAGCUCAGGCAUCAGUUGUGAGAUUGUACAGGAAAAACUAUCAGGCCAAGCAACAUGGGUUUAUAGGGCUCUCCAUCUAUACUUCUUUUAAUGUUCCAUACACGUACACAAAACAAGAUAUUAUUGCAACUCAACGGGCCAAUGAUUUCCUUUUUGGCUGGGUUCUUGAGCCCUUGGUGUUUGGGGACUACCCUAAGAUCAUGAAGCAAAAUGCAGGUUCGAGAAUUCCAUCAUUUACAAAACUCGAGUCCGAAAUGGUAAAGGGUGCUUUUGACUUCAUAGGAGUAAUUCAUUACUACAAUAUUAGGAUCAAGGACAAUCCUGUUAGCCUCCUGACAGAACUAAGAGACUACAGUUCGGACCAAGCAUUGCAAAUGAUGGGUUAUGAUCCAAUGACAGACUCUGAGUUUCCUAUCAAUCCUUGGGGUCUGGAAGGAGUUUUGGAGUAUAUAAAGCAAUCUUAUGGAAACCCCCCUGUAUUUGUUUAUGAGAAUGGUCAGCGAAUGCCUCGGAUUUCAUCUCUAGAAGACACUCCUAGAGUGGAAUAUUUACAAGCAUACAUAGGAGGUGUGCUCAAUGCGAUGAGGAAUGGAUCGAACACACGAGGGUAUUUCGCUUGGUCUUUCUUGGACGUGUUGGAGUUAUUCAAUGGUUUCGAUACAGCGUAUGGUCUAGUCUAUGUAGACAUAGAUGACCCAGAAUUGAAAAGAUAUCCUAAGCUCUCAGCUCAUUGGUACUCCCGGUUUCUAAACGGCAAAACAAAAGUUAAUACAGAUCAAGUUAUUAAAUCUAAAGAUAAUUUAUCUCAUCUUCCAUCCUAGUCAAUUUCAGUAUAAAGUUUGUAUGUUAUAUAUUAUUAUAUUUCAUAAAUUAAACACGGAUGCCAUACAAGAUAUCUGGUAAAUAUUGAUGUUUGCUUGCAAAACAUUUGUGUUGGCUUUAAAUAGCCAGUAUUUAUAAGCGAUUAUGUACUCUAUGAAA